GUUCAACACGAGAGGGGACCGCGAAAACCAAAAUACAGAGACCAUCACAGCAUCGGUGACGGCACCGGACUAAAGGUGUUGCACCACCACCAUCAUCAUCACAGCCCCGGCAUCGGACCCCUAUCGUCGCCCCUCACCAAAGCUAUCAGCGCCUUAGAGCGUCACCAUCAGCACCAACACCACCACCAACAGCAACAACACCACACACUCGCCAACACCAACAACGGCCACAACAGCCAUCAUCACCAGCACAGCAACGGCGGUCACGUCGGCGUACAACAGGCCCACCACCAGUCGCCAGUCCCACCGUUGCCGCCGCACACACACCACCACAUUAUGAGCAAAAUACCUCCUUUGAUAUCCACGCAGAGCGCCGGCGAUCGGCACCAGGACUUACUUAGCGGACUCUUUAGCCAUCAGCACAGCGCCGGUGCCAACAAAACUGACGCAAACACGUGCGGACCUAUUGGUAUCGGCGGCCCCUACUAUGACAAUAACCCAACUGCGGGGGCGUCGGCGACAGGUGGGGGUCCGCCGCCCGGUCUGUUACAGAUGCUGUUGAACGCCGAGAAGUCACAGGAACUCAUCUGGAAUAGCAUACGCACGGGUGCUGUAUUGGGCCAUUUGCACGGCACCGGCACCACAGCGUCGGCUUUGCCAUUCGGUAUGUCCCGCCUGUUUGACGACAUGUCACUGCCGCCCACCAGUACCGCCGGCUCCCUAUUCUUGCCGCCAUUCCUGUCCACCAGCGCCGGCAUUGGCUGCGGUCUGUUCAGCACUGGCGGUGUGUCUCUUCCCAUGUCGUUGGCGACGACCACUACGGCUACCGGCGCUCUAUCGCAGCCCUCGCAGUCAACCACACCGUCGACGGUGUCGUCGGCCAGCGGUAGCGCCAGUAAUGGCUCGCAUACACCGCCCGACGUGACGGUCACUGAUCUCAAGUCAAUGUCUGCGUCGACGGCACGGAAUAGUCUCGCAUUCAAUGGCAUAUCGUUUCCGCCGCCGAAGCCGUUGUCACUGACGGGCGGUUCCGGCGGUCACUGGGAUUCAGUACAUGAAGUGACCGCACGGCUACUGUUUAUGGUCAUCCGUUGGGUCAAGUGUUUGCCCACAUAUAGGACUCUAACUAAAAAUGAUCAGAUAACACUAUUGGAGGACUCGUGGAAAGACCUGUUUCUGUUGAAUAUGGCCCAGUGGUCGGUAACACUGGAUCUGGUGUCACCCCUGCCCGGCGCUCCCGCAUACCUAACCCGAGCCAUCACUAACUUUAAGGCCACCGACUGUCCAAAUAUGGCCGCAGAUAUUCAGUACAUACAAGAGAUUAUGAGACGAUUCAGGCAAUUGUCACCCGACGGCACAGAAUGCAGUUGUCUUAAAGCUAUUGUGCUUUUCAAACCUGAGACGAUAGGCCUGUGCGAUGUGCAGCCGGUGGAGAUGCUACAGGACCAAGCUCAGUGCAUUUUGGGCGACUACGUGCGCCAUAAGUACCCCCGACAGCCGACCCGUUUCGGGCGCCUACUGUUACUGAUGCCCUGUCUUCGGGCGAUCGCCGCCAAUAAUGUGGAGAAACUGUUUUUUAAGGAGACUAUCGGCGAAAUACCGGUCGAGAAACUGUUGGGCGAUAUGUAUCACAUGGAAAAGUUUGAGUAAUUACAACCCCUCACCCAACACACCCCCUCCCCCUUUACCAUUUAACAGGGUAAUUCUCAUAUUAUUAUCCUAUUCAC